GAAGGCGGCGGCGGCGGCAGCAGAGGCGGCGGCGAGGCCCCCAUGGGCCGGCGGCGGGCCUCAGCCGCGGCCUCCACUUCUCCGCACGCCGGCGGGAUGGCGCCCGGGCCCCGGAGGAGCCGCGCUAGCCAAGGCCUGCUGCCGCGCUGCUGAGGCGAGCCCGCCAAACUCCCCUCCCCCUCCUCCGUCCUCGACCCCCCGCACCUCACCCCUUCCCCACCCCCUCCUCCGUUUCGGUCCCCGGCGCUGCUCCGGACCACUAUGACCAUGAGAUCCGCAGUGUUCAAGGCGGCCGCGGCCCCUGCCGGCGGCAACCCUGAGCAGCGACUGGACUACGAGCGAGCUGCGGCGCUGGGCGGGCCCGAGGACGAGCCCGGGGCGGCCGAAGCCCACUUCCUCCCCCGGCACCGUAAGCUCAAGGAGCCGGGGCCUCCGCUGGCCUCUUCCCAGGGCGGGAGCCCUGCGCCCUCCCCGGCCGGCUGCGGCGGCAAGGGCCGGGGCUUGUUACUCCCGGCCGGGGCGGCCCCCGGGCAGCAGGAAGAGAGCUGGGGCGGCUCGGUGCCCUUGCCCUGUCCGCCCCCGGCCACCAAACAAGCUGGCAUUGGGGGGGAGCCAGCGGCAGCCGGAGCCGGCUGCAGUCCCCGACCCAAGUAUCAGGCGGUGCUGCCCAUUCAGACGGGCUCUCUCGUGGCGGCGGCCAAAGAGCCUACGCCCUGGGCUGGGGACAAGGGUGGGGCGGCUCCCCCAGGUGCCACCGCCUCGGACCCGGCGGGACCCCCACCACUACCUCUGCCCGGGCCGCCACCCCUCGCGCCCACCGCCGCCGCUGGGACCCUGGCGGCCAGCGAGGGCCGAUGGAAGAGUACGAGGAAGAGCCCUCUCGGGGGUGGCGGCGGCUCGGGAGCCUCCAGUCAGGCCGCCUGCCUCAAACAGAUCCUUCUGCUGCAAUUGGACCUCAUCGAACAGCAGCAGCAGCAGCUGCAGGCCAAGGAGAAGGAGAUCGAGGAGCUGAAGUCAGAGAGAGACACGGUACGGGAGGGGUUAAUCUGCGUUCGGGACGAGGAGCGAGUUGUGCGCAUGCUCGGGGGAAGGGGGCUGUAG